AUGCUGGAGGAGAACAUCAGCGGCGCCCGCCUCCUCCAGGCGGGGCUUUGUGAAGACCCGCGCUUCCGAUCAGACUACUUGUCGCACGGGGUGUGUAUGAAGGCAGUGGGCCGGCGGUGGGAGGCGUGCUACCGCCAUUACCAAUAUCUGCUUACGUUAGAACUCCGCGUAACGUCUGAGGAAGCAAACCUGGACGCCAUUUGCUGCCUCCGCCAAAGAUUCCUUGACUGCGUAGACGAAGCUGCGGGUAACACUUGUGAUCUCAACGACGCUCUCUUCCUGAAGAAGGUGUCGGCUACGCUCUCCCAUACCGAGCAUCGGCGACUUGCGUGCCAGAGGAGAUAUACCUGCGGGGGAACUUCGGUGUCGGGGUUGAAGUUUGGGACAUUGGCCUGGAUCGUUUGGCUCAUAUUAACUGAAAUUUGGAUACAGAUAUAG